AUGGCGCGACGAGCAAUAGAAACAGAGCCGUCGGCGCCUACGUCACCACCUAGGAGAGCCACCCGAACUCGAACGCGAAGUACGACGACCAAGGCAAAGGAAGAAUCCAAAGUACCAACUACAACCAACACGACGACUUCUACAGCAAAGAGAGGAAGACCUAGAAAAAACCCAGAGGCAGCUGUUGAGCCCAAGGCUAAGACGGAUGCUGCCCCGGAAGGCCCAAAGAAACGGAGCCAGAGAGCAACCAGGACUAAAACUACGGCGUCCCAUUUGGACGAAGAUAAUUCCAGUGAUGACGAAAUGAACAUUGUACCUACCAGAGCCACAGCUGCAACGAGGUCGUCAACAAGGCGUAUGGCCACGUCAACAUCCUCUAAUUCAUCAGUGGCUAGUGAGCCAAAGAAAAGAGCGACUCGGAUGGCCAAAAAGAAAUCUGAACCUGCGCUUGAUACAACGGAACCGCAAGAUAUAAAUUACGAUGAUGAUGACGAGCUUGCUGAAACACAGCCUGUGCAGCAAAAGACUGUUCAGAUUACCACUACCGCUGCACGAAGAGCAAAGGCUCCAGCUUCCGCGAGAGCGACAAAAGCGUCUACCCGGUCAUCGGCAAUAUCUUCCGCCGCAGCAGACCGCUCUAUACUCGUGAGCAAAGCAAGAUCAUGUGUUCCCAAAAAGAAGGUUACGUUUUUGGAUAUCACUGAGCAUUCUGAUAAGGAAAACCAGCCCUUACUAGAUGCUACUAAGAGCAAAGGGAAAGCAGAUACUGGCAUGACUGCAAAACCGGUUCGCAAGGGAACUGCUGGGAAACAAAAGUCAUCAGAUGCCGGCGAAGAUAAACAGGCGAGAAAAAAGGAACCGUUGUCUCCAAAGAAACCGACCCAGGUAACCAAGACUGGAUCAUCUGGUAGCUCGGAAGAAGAUGAAGACGAUGUCUUCGGACCCAAGUCCCCUUCAAAGUCACCGCAAAGAUCGCCAUUGAAGUCGUCACCUGUUCCUCCCUCUUUUGCUUCUCCUGCAAAAAGGAUUGAUUUUACACAAGCUACCAGGCCGGCUUCUCGAGAUCCCACAGCCAAUGAAAAAGAGCCUGGUAUAUCCCGAAGCAAUGAGCAGACCGAGUCUAUAUCAAGCCCAGCAAAACGGCCUCCUCCUUCCCCAUUCCAAUCAGCUAUCAAAGAGUCUCCACGGAAGGCCCCAAUCUUCCAUAGCGAGCCUCAACCUGGACAGGAUAUGAUGGGACAACACAAAGUUUCACCACUGAAAGUAUCACCAAAGAAGGGAGCUGGCAUGUGUUUUAUCCAGGCAUCGCUGGAUUCACCACUCUCACCCACAAAAACAAGAAUGUCACCCCUAAAAUCUCCUGCACGCAGACCCCAUUACACUAUGAAAAUGCCACCACCACCUCUCACAUUGGACGGUCGUUCGGCUGAAGUUCGCAAAUCCAACAUUCAUGAUGAUAUUAGUCCCAAUUUACAUGGCAAAGAUUGCCAAGAGGAGUUCAUGGAUGAGAUGGCUGAUUUAAACAUAUCAACCGUGGAUGAUUCAGACGAGAACCUUCCUCAUGAAUCAGAAGAGGCUACUAAGUCGCAGCCAUAUGCUUCAAGACAUCAAUCCUCGAAUGAUGAUAUAUUCAUGGAAGAAGGCAACAUGCCCAAUAGACGAGACACAGUCCUAAGGCAUGAUAUUUUGGGUUCUAUGCCCGGUGCCAUAGAUCAAUUUUCAACCGCGGCUCCUAUCAGUCAACAAGACUUCAUUUAUCGGGAUGAGAUGAUAUACGAAGAUUCUGAUGUAGAAUUUGAACCCAGCCCAACUAAAGGACAACCAAGGCGUGGAAAUCUCCGUCCCGAGAGCCCAGAAAUCAUUCCCAAACCACAAGGUACACUUGGAACCGAACUUGGGUUCACUCCCCUGGCGGACAAGCUAAGCCAAUGGGCAGCAUCUAGCCCCGAGAAACAGCGGCCCAGAAAAUACCAGCGAAAGGGCCUCUUCUCCCCAGACGUACAUGGAGACUCUCGCAAAUCUUCAGAAAGGCAGAGUUCGUCUCGAAUGCAUCAGACUCAAGCAUCAAGAGAACCUAUGAAGCACAUUGGUGAAGAUGAAGUGCCUGCAAUAGAGGAUCUGAGCAUCCAUACCGACCGAUCUAUCUCUCCAGACGAGGAGAGCGUUGCUGAUUAUGAGGAUGUUGACUCACCUAUAAGGCCAUUUGUCUCGCAUAGAAGUCCAAGUGAUAACAUGUCCGAGGCCUCUGAAAUAUAUGGAGACGAAAACGCACCUCCGACUGUGGCAAUCAAUCCGACACCUCUCAACGAAGGUAAUCGUGCUGGGUUGGUUCCACAUGUACCCACUGCACCGGCGCCAGUUUCUAUGUCUGUUACUCCUGUUCGCCGAGAUCCUGGCUAUCCAAGAGUCAUACACACAGUUUCGAAAGUGCCACUGAAGGGUGACGGCGAUGGAUCUCUCAAAGUUUCUCGGAAAAGAACCAGAUCUCUUUGCUCUAAUACAACAAGCCCACCCUCAACCUUGACCAGGAGCCGGACAUUACCCUCCCCUAGUAAGGACCGGACGCUGCUCAAGACAUUCGCACCAACAUCCCCUGGAGAUGAUUCGACGACAAAUAGCGUUAUGCUGCCCGAGCGGCCAAAAUCGGGAACGUGGUCUGGUCGUAUCAGUCCAGUGAAGAGUCGAAGCCCAGCAAAGGAUGAUGACAGUGAGAGCGAAGUACUAAAAGGCGCGGUGGUAUUUGUUGAUGUCCACACGGCUGAAGGUGCUGACGCCAGUGGUAUCUUCAUUGAGCUCCUCACCCAGAUGGGCGCUAGAUGUGUCAAAUCGUGGAAAUGGAACCCAAGAACAAGCCUGUCACCGGUUGAUGGUGCCGAACCCCAGGAAAAUCCAAAGGUCGGGAUUACUCAUGUUAUUCAUAAGGACGGUGGUGUUAGAACGCUGCAGAAAGUAAAGGAAGCGAAUGGGCUUGUGAAGUGUGUUGGAGUUGGAUGGGUACUUGACUGUGAAAGGGAGAACAGAUGGGUUGACGAAGCUAACUACACUGUUGACAUCAGCAUGAUUCCCAGAGGUGGGAACAAGAGACGAAAGAGUAUGGAACCGAGGGUUUUGAGCAACCAGCAUGGAACGCUCUCUGUCUCGGACUCUUGCACUUCCCCGGGCAGUAGCCGACGCUCUGGUGCAGAUAGAGAGACGUUGCAGGAAUUGAGACGUCUGUCACCUAUACCAAAACUUCACCCAUCCCAGCGAGACUCAAUUGGUCCCACUGCCUUUGAAGAUAACAGCUGUGAGGAGGACUCAGAGACUAUAACAACUCCGAGACGGCACCAAUUGCGACCAACUACGUUCGAAGCCGUGGAGCCUCAAACACCAGAUGUAGACUAUGGUUAUUCUUUUAACUUCGACGACACAGCUCCGCCAUCCCCCACCACCCCGUACCAUCUGUCAGAGGGAGCGAAGUUGGUCCAACAAACAUGUCCGCCUAAGCAAUCAAGGCAAGGCCUUUUCCCCAUCGAUGGAAUCACAGACGAGCACCAAAGUGAGAAGCUGAGAAUCAGACUUGAAGCAGCCAGGCGGAAGAGUCUAAUCUGGAAGCCAAGAAUUGGAAGUCCCCUUGGAAAGGGGUACAUGUAA